AUGGCCAGAUUGAAAGCAGCACUAGCGAACCAACAGCAUUCAGCAGCCAAAGCAGCCGCUAAGAAACGAUCUCUGCAAUUUGAAGAAAAUAAAAAACAAAGUAUAAAAGCUUCUCUAUCCGGGUCUAAAAAAGGGUUGAAGAAGAAAACAAAGCUGGAUCUGAAAGAUGGACUAUCAGAGAGACACUCUACAACUACGGCAAUUACUUCUGGCGAAUCUUCAAAUGCGACAUCAUCAACAUCAACGAGAACAAAGAUAAAGUCGAAGACAAAUCCGAACCAAAAACCUAUUAUACCAUUCACCAAAGAUGAUACAAUCCUCUUACUGGGUGAAGGCAACUUUUCGUUUUCCUUAUCAUUACUUUAUCCACCACAUAACUUAAUCGGUAAACAGAUUCUGGCUACUGCGUAUGAUAGCGAGGAAAUCACGUAUAAGAAGUAUCCGGAUGCUGAGGAGAUAGUGAAGGAGUUAAGAGGGAAGGGGGUCAAAGUCGAAUUUAGUGUGGAUGCUAUGGCUCUGGAGAAGUCGAAGGUGUUGGGUAAAGGGAGGAGGUGGAGUAAGGUGGUAUUUAAUUUCCCACAUGUUGGCGCAGGAAUCACAGACCAAGAUCGUAACAUCCUCACUAACCAGCACAUGCUUCUCAAAUUCCUCAGGUCUGUCGAACCAUUCUUGACUGACGGUCCAUCUAUUUUCAAUACAGACGCUAAGAAGAGUAAAAACAAAGGCAAGGGGAAAUCAAAUUCAGAUACAGAUGAUGAAAUCGAAAUCGACGGAGAAGAAGAAGAAUCACCAUAUAUUAUUGAUGACGAUGAUGAAAAUGGUUUAUCAUCUAUACCUUUACCUACCUCUUCUUCAGCGAACGAAAUGAAGAUCCCCUCCAAACAAGGCUCGAUCUUGAUUACCCUUCUCACCUGUCCACCAUACACCCUAUGGUCUCUACCUAAACUAGCUACCAAACCGCCCACUCUCACACCCGGAACGAAGCUCAUCCAACCGCGUUAUGAACUUGUAAGAUCUUUUGAAUUCCAUCCUGAUCUAUAUAGCAGGUACGAGCAUAGGCGGACAAUAGGCUGGAAAGAGGGGUUAUCAAAGGGUGGGAACGCGGAGAUAACGGAUAGGAAAGGUAAAGCGAGGACUUGGGAGUUUGUAAGGAGGGAAAAGAAAGAGGAUGAUGAGUAA